CCUUCUCUUUCUCGACUCCGUCCCUUCUCUUCUCAUCCUCUGUUUUUCCCCCUGUCUUUCAAACAUGCUUUGACAGAAUCGUUUAGGUAGCAGUGGCAGUCUGAAGCAGCAGCAGCAGUAGCACCAGAAGCGCUCCAGAGACAACCACAUCCAUGGCAAGGCUACAGGAGAUAUACAACAAGCAGGGCUACCUAACAGGGCUGCCCAUACUGAGCAAGACCGAGCUGAUUGAGGCCAGGCGUGCCUUCUCUGAGCUGGAGAAGCAAUUCAGUGAAGAGUACACCAAGUACCAUCUCCAUAAUGUUCACCUUGAGUGCGAGUGGGUGAUGAGCCUAGCCAAACACCCUCGUUUGCUACAAGCAGUAACUGCCAUUUUGGGCCCCGAUGUCAUCCUGGCAGUGAAAGCCAAUGAAAAUCCUCAAGAAAAUGAACUGCCAUAUGUGGCCUGGCAUCAGGAUAUGAGGUAUUGGAGUAUUGCUGGAGGUCCUGUUCUGUCUGUGUGGCUAGCUUUAGAUGACUCACUAAAAGAGAAUGGAGCCCUUCAGGUCAUUCCAGGCAGCCACUGCUCUGGCAUAUUACCCCAUCGCCAAGCACGUCGACCAGGGAACAUGCUGUCAGUCAACCAGGAGAUCCCAGGGGAACUGGUAGAGGCUGAAAAAGCUGUGCUUUGCCCCCUUUUGGCUGGACAGAUGUCUAUCCAUGAUGGACUUCUGGUUCAUGCCAGUGAUCCUAACACAUCUCAGAGAAGACGCUGUGGUUUUGUGAUACGUUAUGUCCCCACUUGUACAUACCCCAUACAGGACCCUGACCGUCCCAGAAAGUUCCGAGCAACAGUCGUGGUCAGUGGACAAGACCAGUUCAAUCAUUUCUCCAACAACAGUCCAUGAAUGUCAGUUGG